AUUAUAUUUUCAGAUUUUGGAUAAUUCUUACUAUUAAUAUUAUUAAUCAAUAAUCUAAUCAAAUCAAUUAAAAUUUCGUUUUUAUUUUUUAAUUUAUUUAUACAUUUUAUUCAUUAAGGGUAUAAAUGAUAUUAACCACUCUAACUUUUAACGUGAGACCUCGAUUCCAAAAAUUUACUUCGCAAAUAAUAGUAUAGAUGUGCACAACACUUGCCGGUGGGCCAGGUAAAUAACUUUCUCGCAGCCCAGCCCAUUAACCCUAAUCGCCUUAUUGGUAAAACUAAAGCUAAGGCUUUCUCAUCCUCUCAGUAAUCCUAAUUGCUGUCUCCCCCAUUUCUUUUUCCGCAUGGCGAUUUUCUUUGUCUCCCCCAAAUCUUCCCGCAAAACGUCUCUGAUGAAAGGACUGGAACUUCAAUGUUCUCCCUUAAAGCCUCCAUUCAAAAUCCUUACCGACCUUCCAUAUCUCCCCUCCGCCUUAUAUCUAGAUCCAUAUUUAUACCCUUAUCUCUCUUACCUCAGAUCAUACCCUUAUUUCUCUUACCUCAGAUCGUUAGCUCUAUAUCCUAAUCAUGGCGAAAGAAAGUGUCCGCUCUACAAGACUAUUCACAAUAUACCUCGCAGACGUCUACGUCUUAUCUUAUUUUAAUUCUUUUUCGUUAUCUACCAGAUUCUAUUUCCUUUGGAUAAUUAUUUAUUUCUACUGUCAAACUAUUUUGUUCCUACGUCUUCACAUCCAAAAAAAAAAACAAAACUUAACUCACACUUUCAGAAACUAAAACUCCAAAUUUAAAUAAAACAUUACAUUAAUUAUACAUGUAAUCCGCGCGAAGCGCGGACACCGGCUCUAGUUAUGAGAAUGAUAUCUACUAUUAUUUGUUCACACCACAUAUUUUAUCUUAUACGGAAUUUGCCAAACAAAUAGAGAUACACAAGUUUAUAUGGGCCACCUGUUUACAUAUAACCAAUUCCAAAUUUAAAAUUUGUUUUUUCUGCAUAAUACUUUGAAUAUGAGUUAGCUAGGAUCAUGGAAUAUCAAUAGUGGGUCUUUUCUUAUUUUGUUAAAGAAAAGUUAAAUUAAUUUUAAUUAGUUUAGUGCAAUCAUAAUUGUUUAUUAUUGAUUGUAGAAAUUAGAAAACAUUUAACAAAUGCAUAGGUGUUGGUUAGAUCAAGUUAUAAUUGAUGGAUAUCUUACCCCCAACAAGCCAAGCAUAUGGGACCAAGCUUGGCCAUAAUAAGAAGGGGUACACUUUCGAAACUUUGUAUACAGAUCCUUAAUACGAUCCCGGCUUAUUGAAAGAUACUACAUUAGAUGAUAUGAUAUAAUAAUCAUUACUGACAAACGGUCGAUUACCUAAAGCUACAAUUUUGAAUUAUGCAUUUAAACACGCGUUACAGGUGUCUCUAGAUAUAACGGUGAGAGUGAUAGCUUUUUGUAAAAAUGUCUGAAUAAGUCAGUCUCUAAACCGAGACAAAAAAAAAAAAAGGAGUCACUAAUCUCGUGACGUUAAAGACCAAAAAGUGUAGUAGACAGUCGACAUAAGAUAAAAUUACCGACCAUUGUGUGUUUACAAGAAACUCCUUGAGCUGAAUUCAGAUACUACAAGACAUUGGUUUUAUGAUAUUGAAAUAAAACCAACUGCGGAGGGUAAAUACGUAAAUCGCACGAAUACGAGACUCGUUAUAAAUAAGAGUAAAGCUCAAGUUGACUCAUUCUUCACUCAACAUUGUAGAAAAAAGGAAACAGAGGAAAACAAGAACUCCUAAGAACCAUAAAGUACAUCGUCUUCUUCCUGCUAUCUUCUAAUGGCGUCUGACCAGAGCAUGAUGAUCAACUCUUCUUCAAUUCCUGACGAAGAGUAUGACGAUACAGAUGAUGGGUUUCACUACCAGACAAGGCAAAGCAGUUUGUCUAGGUUAUCUAUCUGCACGAGCUCCUUCCAUGACGACGACGAAGAUAAUCAUACCUCGGAACUGGGUAACUUCAUCUCUGAGCUGUCGCUGGAGAGCCUCGACGACGUCGGAGCCGAGGCAGACGGAGAAAUCUCGGAUGACGGUGACGACUCGGAUUCCGAUGAGGAACCUCCCGGCUUCUAUACUCUCCCAUCGAUCAUGAUUCGCAGGAGAAGAAAAGUCAAUGUUUCCACUGGUUUAGAAAAAGAUAACGUGGAUGGCCGUAAGUGUACUUCAGUUAAGCAAAGAAGGGUGUCACGAGAAAAGAGUUAUAGAGGUCACGGUUUUAACGGUGUGGAGCAAGAGAGCGACGGAGACGGAAACCGUUACGGCGGAAGAGGGGAAGGAGAGUUAACGGUGUUAACGAAGGUGAAAGGAGGAAAGAAGUCGAUGAAGAUGGGGUUUGAGGGAGUGAAGGCUUGUAGAGAUCUUGGGUUCGACUUGGAAGCUCCUGGUCGGGUCUCAGUAUCCGCCGGGUCAAACCGGGAGACUCAGACUAGUAGUGGCGGCAACUCUCCUAUUGCCACCUGGCGUAUAUCUAGUCCUGGAGAUGAUCCGAAGGAGGUAAAGGCGAGACUCAAGAUGUGGGCACAAGCAGUUGCUUUAGCUUCUGCUUCACGUUAAAGCUUUUUAUGUUAGGGUUUGUCGCAUAGUCUUACGAGUUUUUCUUGAAUUAGUAACUCUUCUACUGGGUUUGUAAAUAUGAAAGCUAUACUAUAUUGUUCUGUUCAAAGCUAUAAUACUACACAAUGACUUGUAAAACAUUCACGUA